CAUACAAAAGGAACUAUAGACAUUUUGACACGACUAACGAAUAAAAAAAAUUCACGGAAUAUAGCGAAUUCUUCUUCGGAACUACUUUUUUUUUCUUUAUUUCGUCAGGGCAUCGGGACCAGCAUCGUGUUUUAUUACGUAGAAAAUUACAUUUACAUACAUGAAAUCCGAGCACAAUCGGUGGCAUAUUUAAAAGUUGUUUUUUUUUCUCUAUCUCUGUCAUUCCGCGCUACUGCCUUCAAAUACGAAAUAAUUCGUUGUCCAUUCUUUUUAUUUUGCAUUUUGCUUUGCACACUCUAUUUUUUGUGCAUAACGGUCAAUUUAUGUGUUGUGUAUAUAGUUAUCAGAGUAGAACGAUCACAUUCAUCUGCAACAAACAGAGAAAAACAACGAACAAAAAGUAGAUCAGUAUAGAACAUUCAGCGAAAAGAAUUCAAUUCAUUUUUCGUCGUCGUCGUCGUCGUCGUCGUCGUCGUCGUCGCUGUCACCGUUACAGUCGCAAUCGCUUCUCAUUAAUCGACACUAUUGUUUUCCGGUAACAUUAAUGGAUAAUGAAACAUUGAACGCCUCGUAAAUGAAACACUGCGAACAUCGAUGAGUUUGUGGAUUGCCAUUGAUUUGACGCAAAUUGGUGGUGAAUCAUCUCUCAAAACGAAAUAUCAACAAAUUAACAACAACAAACACCCUGAAAUGAAAACGUUCUUUUUAAAGAGAGACAUAAUAUCAUUAUGUUUACUUGAUAGAAAUGUGCACCUUUUAUUAUGAAUGAAAAUAUUAGAAUGAAUUGAUCCAUUGGAAAUGGUUACCGACGAUGCAUUCAUAAGUCAGCCGGUUGUCGUAACUUCAGUUCAGUGAACGGUACACAAUGAUUUCAUAGCGUGCAAGUGGUACACUUUCUAGCACAACGACAAAACUACCGAAGAACUGAAAAAAUAAUAAUCAUCAAAUAUGGAAUGCAAAUGUAUGGCCACACUUAUAGGAUAGAAUACCGAAAAGUGUGCUGGUUUCCAUUUUAUUCCUUCGUUCAGAUGCAUCAAUUGAUACAGAAGAAAAAUUAGAGCUGAAAAAAGAAAUAUUGAGCGAAAGUAAGAAGAAGAAGAAGAAGAAGAAGAAGAAUUCGAAGAAAAAAAACUGAAAUUGGCGACAAGCUAAUAACGUCUACGGUGACACAAACAGUCUCGUACCAACGAUAAUAAUAUAACACGCACACAUUGGCACAAACCAGAAACAGAAACGAAAUUGAAACGCUUAUUCAGAUUCGAUUUGAACAGAAAAUAGAAAAUAAGUUGAACUAUAUUGAAAUAAAAAUAUUUACAGCACAUGCAUGGAAUACGUAAUUUUUUCGGAUUUUUUGUUGUUGCGGGAGGCGACACACAAACACCGGUUGGCAUUUUUUUCUACUCUCAUUUAUUGUACUGCUUUCUCCAUUUGAUACAUACACACGUGGAAAUGGAAGCAAAGCAAACAAGCUGCUGAAUAAAACAGAAGACGAUUAAGAAGAAGAAGAACAAAAAUCGAGAGCAAAAAGGACAAAAAAGCUUCGAAAAAGGCAGUAAAAAGCACAAAGUAUCGUAAAAUUGAAUGGAACAAAAUCUCUGAAUAGAAUAGAAAACGCAUUACCGUUUUUAGUGAAUUCAAUGAAUUGAAUAAGUGUGGAAUAUAUAUAUGCAGACAAAAUAAGAGAGAGAGAGCGAACGAGAGGCGACAGAAUUUCAACAUAUUUUUCGGUCGUUCACAAUAUACAUUCAACUUCACUUUUACGACCAACAAUCAAGUGGAAUAUGAAUUAACUAAGUUUUAGUGGCGCUGGCGCGUUUACAUGCAAACACAAUCAAAGAGCAAGAAUAUAUAUAUACACCAAAACAUGAAAAAUUAUAGGGAUAAUAGAAAAUAAAAAUAGAACGAGAAGAAAAAGACAAAGAAACAAUUGGAAAAGUUGAAAUAUAUAGGGGAAUAUAAAUAAAUUACAAGGAAAAUAGCAAACAAUCGCAGAUAGGAAGUCCCAGAUCAUUGCCAUAUGAUUUUCGCCGUUUUUCUAUAUAUAUGUGUGUAUUGCACAUGCUAUUAUUGUCGCUGGCUAACGCUUCAUAAACGAAAUAACAAUAGACCAGAAAUAGUAGCACACUGUGUGAGACAAAUACAAUCCCCACUCGCAUAAAGCAACCGCUGCAACAAAUUACGUAUUUGAAGUAAAAAAAUAAAUAAAUGAAUGUAUUAGCACCAAUUCCCGCCGAAGCAGAAGCUCUGCGAAAAAAUCGCAACAAAUUCACCACUUCAAAUAGAAUAACGACAGUUAAAUAACAGCCGAAGCGGCAACAUUGCAUUGAAUUGAACCAUACCAGCAACACAGAUAUAUAGGAGGACAAAAAUUGUGGAAAACAAGACACACAAAAAAAGUGCGACUGUGGGAUAAAAAAAGAGAGACAGAGAGUGUGUGUGUAGACGCGCGCUAAUGAAUGCAAAUCAACCGAAGUGCAUCAUAAAUUAACAUGGCAUUUAUUUCGGAUAAUACGACCGAAGAAUUUCUCGCAACGGUUGGAAAUUCAUCAUUUAAUCGUCAUUUGACCUCUACAAAUGAAACAAAUCCAAAUACAACCAUCAUUCAUGAUCUGGGAUACCCCAGUGGAUACAGUCUGACUCAUAUUGUAUUUGCAUCAGUUGUAGUCACACUUUUAAUGAUCAUUAUUGUUGUUGGAAAUAUGUUAGUUAUUAUUGCAAUUAUCACCGAAAAAUCGCUGAAAAACAUUCAAAACUGGUUCAUUGCAUCGCUCGCUGUAGCCGACUUUUUUCUUGGCCUUGUUAUUAUGCCAUUCUCUUUAGCUAAUGAAUUAAUGGGGUAUUGGAUAUUUGGACCUUGGUGGUGUGACAUUCACUCAGCCAUGGACGUGCUUUUAUCAACCGCCUCGAUAAUGAAUUUGUGUUUAAUAUCAUUGGAUCGAUACUGGAGUAUAACGAAAGCUGUAGAAUAUUUGAAAACACGAACGCCCGCCCGUGCAUUAGUUAUGAUCGCUGCCGUCUGGAUAAUGUCAGCGUUAAUAUGUAUACCGCCGUUGCUCGGAUGGGGUGUAAAGCGGUCCGAAGAAUCACUGCCACAGUGUGAGUUAAGUGAUGAUUUGGGUUACGUCCUAUAUUCGGCGCUCGGUUCUUUUUACAUUCCUAGUUGUAUUAUGGUUUUUGUAUAUAUUCGAAUUUACUUUGCGGCCAAAGCGCGUGCACGUAGAGGCAUCAAGAAAAAACCGUUAAAAUCAACACAAGAACAGGUUACUAGUUUCACAACAAAAACAAAUCCAAUGCCAUGUUUGCCAAGUACAUCGCAAGAUAACAAUCAUCAUCAACAACAAAUAGCCACAAUUGAAACACGCGCCGAAUCAAUACCAAUUCCAAUAGUAACAUGUGAUUUUGCUUCCGAUGUGUCGACGAGCGAAGCGGCCGAAAUGGAAAACCAAAAUUACGAAAAAGAUACGCUUAAGGUAUGUUCAACAAAUUUACAGAUUUCAACGUCAACGGGAACGGUUGGACAGGCAUCCGCCAUAAAUGCGACCAAUAAUAAAACAAAUGGUAGCUCGUCACCGUCGAACGAGCUCAAAGUAUCGCCAACAUUCAACCGAUGUCGGGCGCUAUCGGUGGGCAUCGACAACGAUAUGGUCAGCGAAUUUGAUCCGUCUAGUUCUGAUUCGGGUGUCAUUAGCCGAUGUGCCGUGGUAAAACCGUUAAAAUUUCGAUUAUGUCAACCGAUAUUUGGUAAACGAAAUCACCAUAAAAGCAACACCGAAAAUGCCAAAGUCCAACACAAACAUAAUAUGGUCGAAUCAACGGAACUCGAACCGGCCAUACCAAAAAUACAAAAACAACGCGAUCCCGAAAAAGAAAAACGACGAAUAGCACGAAAAAAAGAGAAACGAGCCACUCUUAUACUCGGCUUAAUUAUGGGCAGUUUUAUAGCAUGUUGGUUACCUUUCUUCGCAAUGUAUAUAUUAACACCGAUGUGCACGCAAUGUGAUAUACCUGAAUCAGCGUUUGACAUCGCAUUUUGGCUAGGCUACAUGAAUUCAGCACUGAAUCCGGCAAUUUAUACGAUAUUCAAUAAAGAUUUCCGGCGCGCUUUUCGUCGUAUAUUGUUUAAGUGAUGUUUGGCUUAUGUGUGCUGCUACCGAUGCGUUUACAGAAGCAUUGAAAAGGCUACUGAACGCUCAAUGGGUGGCGGUGCACCGAUCGGUUAUCAUGGAUAUCUCCGACGUUAGGUACACAACAUAUUUUCCAUAUACAACGGUAUAAAUACCGAUACAGCAAACAUUACGACAUUAGAUUCGGGCUUUUAUUUCAUUGUUUGUUUGUUUGUUAUUUUUAAAAAGUGAGAUGAGAAAAUUCAAAAACAAAAAAACAAUAAACACAACAACAAUAAUCUAAAUGGAAUUAAAUAUACAACUGAAACAAAGAAGACUAUUCGAAACGAGUUUCAUACAUACACACAAAUCAACAGUCAACAACUAACGAAAAAGUAAACACAACGCACGAACAUUUCAGCGAAAAUAUUAACAAAACCAAAUACAAAAAUAACAACAGCAAUUGCGUCUAUGCAAAAAAUAAAUAAAAAUAAAAAAUUUAAUUAAUAAUAAUAAUAAUUGCACCAAUGCCAAUAACAUACAAUCAUACCGCAAGUGUUCUACAUAUGUUAACUACAAACAAUAUUUGCGCAACAAAACUAAAACAAAAUGGAAAAUAAAAUAACACCGACACUCUCACAAAACACAGAGAAAAAAUUCGCUCAGU